UGGCGGCACGUGGCACUUAGCGCUCACCUUCUGCAAACUUUUAUUUUAAGUAAAUUUAAGGUCUGUAUGAAACAUCAAAAACUUGAAUUGAACGGCUUAAACAUACAUGGCCAAAUUCUGAAAGUUUAUUUCAAAGGAGAUGGUGUUUUGUCGUCGUCAAUUGAGAUAGAACGUUCAAGAGAGAGACCAUUAGCAGCUUUUUUCCCUGUUUUCUUUCUAUCUUGCAUUGUCGGAACUGUCGCUAUUUUUCAGGAACUUCUGUCAUUAACCAGCAUAGCAGUUUGGACUCUUGUCGUGAUUGCCAUUGUUCUUUUGAAAUUAUAUUGCUUGGAUAUUCAUAAAGAAUCUGUUUUAAUUGUCAAAGAUCUUGGAAUUCAGUACACCAAGUCUUGUGUUCUUGGACAACAGACAAGUCAAUUUAUAGAACAUCAUAAUAUUGUGGAUGUGCUUAUCAAUGAAGUUAUAACCAUGCAUCAAGUUGUAUGUUACUUGACAUUGCUGAUUUCUGAAUGAAACCAGGAUCAACCAGGAAGAAAUCAACAACUCCUUCCACUGUUCACGGCUACAGUACCAAAUCUAGUUACAAUCAAAACAAUGUAUCAUCGCAUGCAGAAGAUACUCGGCAGAUGAUGGAUGAAUUGAAGACAAUUCAAUCCUUUGGAAACUAACUGUUUCCUUUCCCAGCCAUUUUUUAACUCCUAACAAAGCCAUAACCCUUCGACUACCAAGAUCAAGUUAUCAACCCUCCCCUGUAGCUGCUACAUAUUUGUUGUGAAUGAGGAACAAGAAUUUGUUGUUCGAACAGGAAAACCGCGUCUAUCUCAUAAUUUUGAGUGCUCUCAUUGCCUUUUGCUGGAUAGUGUAUGGAAAUUAUGGGGAUAAGUUAAAUGUUUUAAAUCAGUGUUCUCAUAAUAUAGCUAAUGAGAAACUUUUGAUUCAGGUACACUUUCUGUGACAGAACUCCCUUAGGAGUCAUGACAUAAUUAUACUUAACGUUGUAAAUAUCAACUACUAAUAACAAGAACAUUCUUAAAUCA